AUGCCUCCACUCGUACAAAUACAAGAUACUAUACCUAUUUCAGAUGACGAAGAUGAUGGAGACAGCUGUGGAUCCGAUUUACAAGCUAUUUCCAGAGAUCUGGAGGAUCUAGAACAGAGGAUGAAGGAGACCAACGAGCAGAUUGAGGACUCCAACGACGAUGUAACAUCAUACGCAAAGCUCCUCAAAACCGCUGAGGAGCGACUACAGGCAUCUAGGAAGCAGAAAGAGAAAUUGGUCGACGAGAAAUAUGGCCUUGUAAGGAGGAAGCAAAGGCUAUUAGAGAGAAGGGCUAGGAAUCGAGCCAUAAAGCUUGAAGCUCGAACCCCGGCCACUGCUUCUUCGACUCGAAGCCGAUUGGGAACUGAAGGGGAUAAAGCCCCAGUGGGCCGAGCUGCUGUAGCUUCAAGCGGCUCUGAGAGCAGCUCUAGAGCUAUGGGUGCCCCAAGUACACAAGACCGAGCUACACGAGGACAAACUACACAUGACCGAACUCUGAUGACAUCGGAUGGGUCCGGGGAUAACCUUACAGCUGCAGAAGGCGAAGCCGUGGAAAGCCAGGCCCUCACAGCUCCGAGCCCGAGUGGCCCUGGAGCCGCAGAAGGUCAUACUGCGGCAGGCCCAACUGUCGCACCUCUAGGUGGUUUUGCGAGCGGCUUUAGAGCCAUAGGUGGCCGAACCACGCAGGGUCGAACCACACAGGGCCAAACUUUAGCGACACCCGAUGGCUCCGGGGUCGAAAAUGAAGCUGUAAGGAGUCAAGCUCUCACAGCUCCGAGUGGUCUUGGAGCUGCAGAUGGUCAAGCUGUAGGGAGUCGAACUCCUGUAGCACCAAGCGUGAGUGGUCGGACCCCACAACGUAAGGCUGUUGGCCCGAUAUAUAGUCCCUACUAUGAGGCUUCCAAUAGUGAUUCCGAAAUGGAGACGCCCGUUACAGCCUCCCAGUUAGUUCCGGGAAAUCGUCUGAAUAUUCCUGCAAACUCUAAGACUUUUAGUCGAAUGGAAAUAUCAAAUUUAAUUGGCGGGAAAACACAGGGGACAUGGUGCAAUAUCAAUCAAAGCCGCGUCACACGAUAUAAAGCAGGGUCUUAUAUGGCUUUAAUUCGUGAUCUAAACCAUCUACUCCCAACGGCGCCUGGUCUGGAUGGUGGGAUAUAUGUCGCUGAUUGGUUGAAGAAGGAGGUGGGGAAAAAAUACUAUAUAUUCAUCAAGAAAUCGAGUAACAACUGGCUAUAUUACGGCAAAUAUUUAAUCUCAUAUAUUAAAGAAAUUAGUCUUGAUGAGUGGAAGAAAUUUUCGCCAAACGAUCAAAGAAGAUGGGCUGAGCAUUUGCUGGAACACCUCUGGGGUAAAAACAUCCUUGUGAAGAAGAAAGUCUUUAAAUCAGUGGAACAUCUGAAUGUAGGAACACAUUGGAAGGAGGUGUUGAGAUUCUUUAACCAGCCUGAUGAUCUCCCUCAUCUGCGUCUCAAGCUUCUAGGACUCCAUUUCAUCACAUAUGACAGAGAUUUAUACGAUAAUCUCGAAUCUGAAAGCCUCAAAUUAGGGCGGAAGGAUUAA